AUGGAGAAGCCGGCCAACAUUCGUAACAUGUCAGUCAUUGCACAUGUCGACCACGGCAAAUCCACCCUGACCGACUCUCUUGUCCAGCGUGCCGGUAUCAUCUCAGCUGCGAAAGCUGGUGAAGCGCGAUUUACAGAUACACGCAAGGACGAGCAAGAAAGAGGCAUCACCAUCAAGUCAACGGCUAUCUCUCUGUAUGCCCAUCUACCGGAUGAGGAAGAUCUAAAGGACAUCCCCCAGAAAGUCGAGGGUAACGAGUUCUUGAUCAACUUGAUCGAUUCUCCUGGUCACGUCGAUUUCUCCUCAGAAGUCACUGCUGCCCUACGAGUCACUGAUGGUGCCUUGGUCGUUGUCGACACCAUCGAAGGUGUCUGUGUUCAGACCGAGACUGUCCUUCGACAAGCUCUUGGAGAGCGUAUCAAGCCCGUCGUCAUCAUCAACAAGGUUGAUCGAGCCCUCCUCGAACUACAAGUCGAGAAGGAAGAUCUUUAUCAAUCAUUCCUCAGAACCAUCGAGUCUGUCAACGUCAUCAUCUCCACCUACUUUGACAAGGCUCUUGGUGACGUCCAAGUCUGGCCCGAGAAGGGUACCGUUGCCUUCGGUUCUGGCCUCCACGGCUGGGCCUUCACCAUCCGCCAAUUCGCCAUCAGAUAUGCCAAGAAAUUCGGCGUCGACAAGGCCAAGAUGAUGGAGCGUCUAUGGGGUGACAACUACUUCAACCCCAAGACCAAGAAGUGGACCAAGACCGCCGACUAUGAAGGCAAAACCCUUGAGCGUGCUUUCAACCAGUUCAUCCUCGACCCCAUCUUCAAGAUCUUCGAUGCUUUCACAAAAGGCAAAGUUGAUGAGCUUAUCAACUUGGCCACUAAACUUGAGAUCAAGAUCACCAACGAAGAGAAGGAACUUCCCGGCAAGGGUCUCCUCAAGGUCGCAAUGCGAAAGUUCCUGCCAGCUGCCGAUGCUCUUCUGGAAAUGAUGGUUAUCCACUUGCCUUCACCUGUUACUGCUCAGAAAUAUCGUGCAGAGACUCUGUAUGAAGGCCCAUCAGACGAUGCAGCUUGCAUUGCCAUCCGAGACUGCGACCCCAAGGCAGAUCUCAUGCUUUACGUCUCCAAGAUGGUGCCUACCUCUGAUAAAGGCCGAUUCUAUGCCUUUGGCCGUGUCUUCGCUGGUACCGUUCGUUCUGGUCUAAAGGUCCGCAUCCAGGGGCCCAACUACGUCCCUGGCAAGAAAGACGAUCUCUUUGUCAAGUCCAUCCAGCGUACUGUUCUCAUGAUGGGUCGUACUGUUGAGCCCAUCGAUGAUAUGCCCGCUGGCAACAUCAUUGGUCUCGUUGGUAUCGAUCAAUUCUUGCUCAAGUCUGGCACUCUGACCACAUCUGAGACCGCACACAACCUGAAGGUUAUGAAGUUCUCUGUCUCGCCCGUUGUGCAGCGUUCAGUUGAAGUCAAGAAUGCCAACGAUCUUCCAAAGCUUGUCGAAGGUCUUAAGCGAUUGUCCAAGUCGGAUCCUUGCGUCUUGACCAUGAUCUCCGAGUCCGGCGAGCACAUUGUUGCAGGCGCUGGUGAGUUGCAUUUGGAGAUCUGCCUGAAGGACUUGGAAGAGGACCACGCUGGCGUCCCCCUCAAGAUCGGUGACCCUGUCGUGCCAUACCGUGAGACUGUCGGUGCCAAAUCGAGCAUGACCGCUCUCUCCAAAUCUCCUAACAAGCACAACCGUCUCUAUGUUAUUGCCGAACCCCUUGGAGAGGAGGUUUCAAAAGACAUCGAGGCUGGCAAGAUCAACCCUCGUGAUGAUUUCAAAGCCCGAGCUCGCGUUCUCGCCGAUGAUCAUGGAUGGGAUGUCACUGACGCUCGAAAGAUCUGGGCUUUUGGUCCAGAUACCAAUGGUCCUAACUUGCUCGUCGACCAGACCAAGGCCGUUCAGUACCUCAGCGAAAUCAAGGAUUCUUUUGUCUCUGGUUUCCAGUGGGCUACUCGUGAGGGUCCAGUUGCUGAGGAGCCCAUGCGAUCAAUUCGAUUCAACGUUAUGGAUGUCACUCUUCAUGCCGACGCUAUUCAUCGUGGUGGUGGUCAGAUCAUCCCUACUGCAAGACGUGUGCUAUACGCUGCCACACUUUUGGCCGAACCUGGUCUUCAGGAACCUGUCUUCUUGGUUGAGAUCCAAGUUCCCGAGCAAGCCAUGGGUGGUAUCUAUGGUGUCCUUACACGUAGAAGAGGUCACGUCUUCUCAGAGGAGCAACGUGUUGGAACCCCUCUCUUCACAGUUAGGGCUUAUCUGCCUGUCGCCGAAUCAUUCGGUUUCAACGCAGAUCUCCGUGCCGCCACUAGCGGGCAAGCCUUCCCCCAGAUGGUGUUCGAUCACUGGCAAAUCCUUCCUGGAGGUUCUGUUCUUAACAACACUACUAUGCCUGGUCAGAUCGUUGAGAAGACACGUACCAGGAAGGGCCUCAAGCCUCAGCCUCCUGGAUAUGAUAACUACUAUGGUAAGCUCUUUGACAAAUCUAUGGAAUGCAAUAUUUUACUGACAUUCCAAACAGACAAGUUGUAG